UUAGGUCAAAUUAAAGUUUUAUUUUUUGUCAAUUUAUUUGAAAAAGGUAUAUUUCUAUGGCAGUCUUAUCAAACGUGCGCGAGAGCUUCCUAAUCCAUGAAAGAGAGGAUGUCCUCAGUGGGGAACUGGUAAUGAAAUUCGGUCUCCGCCAAUCAAUCAAUCCAAUCUUGCACAUUUAUGCAAGAAACAAUAAUUAGUUGUCUGCCAUUCGCCGUCUUUCCCAAUGAAGUCCAUCUUCUACGAAACGAUAUACGGCUACGGAAGAAAAAUUUUGUUCAAGAGACGAGAAUUUCUGAUAGAUACUGUUUCUUGAUUUGACUGCUUAUCAGGAUCAAAUACAGCAUCAAAAGGUUGUCAUGACUUCACCAGCUAACACAAGUGAGGAAAAAAUGGCCCUUAAAGACAGAACAACUUAUGAUGAUCAAUUCUUCACCUCAGAAGAAAGUGAAAAUUCUGGUCAAAAUUCAAAGACUAAAUGUAACUGUUCUCCAUUCUCAAAACGUUACAUUAUAUCUGUACUGGCUCUCCUUGGAUUUGCGAAUGUCUAUGCCUUGCGAGUCAACUUAAGCGUGGCUCUGGUUGCCAUGGUGACAAAGACUUCAACUUUAAGUGAUGAAGGCAAAACAGUAAAGGAACCAGCAGAAUUUAGUUGGAGCUCAGGAACUCAAGGAAUUGUGCUGAGUUCAUUCUUUUAUGGCUACAUAAUUACCCAGCUCCCUGGUGGAUUUUUAGCUCUUAAAUGUGGUGGUAAAAACUUAUUUGGUCUUGGAAUCCUAUCCACUGCAGUCUUGACUCUACUCACUCCAGUAGCAGCCAGGGCAAGUGUUGGGCUGUUGGUAGCGUUAAGGGUUCUGAUUGGAUUGUGUGAGGGUGUUGUAUUUCCUGCAAAUCAUGCUGUCUGGACAAAGUGGGCUCCACCACUGGAGAGAAGCAAACUUGCUACAAUAGCUGUAUCAGGAGCUCACAUUGGUACAGUUGUUGCAAUGCCUUUAUCAGGUGUUUUAGCGCAACAUCUUGGCUGGGCUUCAGUGUUCUAUGUUUUUGGCUGUAUGGGUAUUUUGUGGGCCAUUGUCUGGUUUUUAGUUGUGAAGAAUUCACCAGCAGAAGAUCCAAAUAUUUCAGAGGAAGAGAGAUUAUACAUUGAAACUUCACUUGCUAAUGAUGAUCAGAAGAAGGACGUGAAAGUUCCUUGGAAGGCCAUAUUUACAUCCUUGCCUGUUUGGGCGAUAGUUGUGGCUCAUUUCAGCGAGAAUUGGGGAUUCUACACUCUAUUGACAGAACUGCCCAGUUUUCUCAAACACAGACUUGACUUUGACCUUAGUAGGGCAGGAUUUGUGUCUGCUCUGCCCUACCUUGUCAUGGCAAUAACAAUUCAAACAGGCGGGCAGAUCGCAGAUUGCCUAAGAAGAAAAAAAAUAUUAAGUACAACAGUGGUACGGAAACUGUUUAAUUCAUUUGGUUUUGUUUGUCAAGGUAUCUGUAUCAUCAUUGCUGGUUACACUACCAACUGGUUGGUAGCCGUGAUUUGCUUAACACUUGCUGUAGGCGGAGGAGGAUUCGCAUUUAGUGGCUUCUAUGUCAAUCACUUAGACAUUGCCCCACCUUUUGCUGGUAUUUUGAUGGGCAUCACAAACACAGUGGCCACGCUGCCAGGAAUCAUCAGCCCUUUGUUGACUGGAACCAUUGUGCAGCAUCAGUCACAAGCAUCAGAGUGGAGGAUAGUGUUCUAUCUUGGGGGACUUAUCUACUUCAUUGGUGCCAUAUUUUACUGCAUCUUUUCUUCUGGUGACAAACAAAUUUGGGCAGGUGGAUACACUGAACUGACUCAAAUAGAUAAUGAUGAUGACGAUAAUGAGGAACAAAUGGAGUCUAUAGAUAGUUAAUUUUUAAGUAAUGACAAGGUUGGAGUUGUAAUCAGCAACAAACAGUGGUAUGCA